GCAGGAUUGUCUUGGUGCUGGAAGUUUGGAAUAAAUGUGCUUUAUUAUUAUUUUGUAAAUUGGAGAUUUGCAAGUGGUUUUGGUGUGAUUGAAAUUGGUUCAUCGGCCUAACCUUGACGGCGACGUCGUCGUCGAGGGAAAUACCGAUCGUUCGCGACCACCGACACCGACAAAACACCCACACACACCCUCCACUUGAUCAACUUAACACAGACAGACACUAAACUCUGUAUGGAGACAGAAAAUAAAUGUCGAUGUAUAUGUAGGACUUGGAGCAUUCAUGAAGACAAGUCAUGCGCGGGUGUGAGUGCGUGUGUGCACGUUGCUGCUCGUUCAUUCAUCGAAUCGAUGUCAAUGCGUACGCCUAUUUUCCACAUAUUUCCUAGAUUUUUAUUUAAUUUCUUAUUAACUCUAUUAUCAUACCACAGUCAUGGUGUUUCUAAAUAAAGAAUUAUUUAUAAUUAAUUGGUAAUUGAGUAUGCAUCGACGGAGGUUUUCAUUAUUGAAAAUUUUAGUGAGCUUUGAAGUGACAUGAGUACUGAAGAUGAUUCUAUGGAAAGUGAUCCGGGUGGUAACUAUCUGGUGAGAGUUCAAGCCCAGGUGAUGACGAGAGAUGACAGCUCCGGGGGAUGGGUGAUAUUGAGUGGCGGAGGUUUAGCCAACGUCUCGGUAAGACGAAGAGUGACCUCCACCGCGAGCAGUGUGCCUCAUCCACCUGGCAGUACCAAUGGCACCAGCGUACCUGGUAGCACUCCUGUCACCUCUCCGUCAUCAUCAAACACUCAAAACUCUACGCCUGGGACAGUUGCCUCCUCCGCGAGUCAUGGAGCCAGCACUUCGCCACCCAGCGCUAAGAGAAAUCACGAGUAUUUUAUUUACGGUAGAAGAAUCAAGGACCAGUCGGUUGUUUUAAGCUGCACAAUCAAGAAGGACUUCCAGUACAAUAAGGUGAUGCCGACGUUCCACCACUGGUGUACCGGGGAGAAGAGGUUUGGCCUGACGUUCCAGACAGCCGCGGAUGCCCGUGCCUUCGACAAGGGAGUUCGCCGAGCAGUAGAAGAACUGUUGGAAGGGCUCACCGAUUCAUCUUCACCUGCGACUCCAGACGCUGGUGACGACGGUGUUUUCAUGACAGUGAACCUUCCAGCAGAGCCAGCUGACCCACGACAGUCCUCGGAUCCACCCCGUGGGAUAGUUCGCGUACCAAAUUAUCAUUCCCAGUGUCCAGAGCUGCCGGAUCCACACAAAUCCAGUUCAAUUCACUACAUAAGCGGUCCAUCGGUCAAGGUCGCACCCAGCCAUCAUCCCCUCGAGUCCAGUGGCGACACUGUCUCCGAUAAUUACCCCUACGUCCAGCUGACGACUCUCAACCACGAUUACCUGUACCCUGUGAUCGACGAGCAGAAGAGCGAUCGCAGUCCCGUCGAGAGACGGCACUCCACCAGUUCCCUCAAGAAACCUGACAUCAUCAUCACCCAGCCGACCAAGAGCCCGAGCAAGGAGCGCAACAAUGCCAGGCUCAAGUGUAGGCAUUGUCAGGAAAUGUACACGGAGCACCAGAAUCCAAGAGGCUCCUGUGAAUACGCGCCUGAUAAGGUCAAGGAUGGAAUUUCUACGGUGUCUUGUCUGCUCUGUGCGCGCUGUAUGCUCUAUCACUGCAUGAGCGAUGCUGAGGAAGCAGACUACUCACAAAAUCCUUGCAGUUGUAGUGCAGAAGACGGAUGCUGCCGACGAUGGUUCGGACUAGCUUUACUGUCACUAAUAGUCCCCUGUCUAUGGCUGUAUCCACCUCUACGAGCAAUCCACUGGUGUGGUAUGAGCUGCGGCAUUUGUGGAGGCCGUCACCAUCCAUCAGAAUAACGUGAGGGACCCUUUGAUAUCUCUGCAGCGUUUACAAUAACCGAGCCGCAAUAUCAAUCGACACGCGGAGCCGUGGCAAAUGUAUAUGAAUGCCAUGACUUGAAUAUGGGACGGUGCCAGAGAUACCAAAGGGGCAGACAGCUACCGGUUCACGCGCUCAUACAUCAGCGUCAUUUGUGAGUACUUCCAACAGAAGAAUUCAAUGUCGACACAUUGUCUUUAGAUAACGUGACCUUUAACAUUAUAGUCAGUGUUGAGUUUUAUAUGUGUACAUGUACAUUUAUAUAUAUAUAUAUAUAUAUAUAUAUAUAUAUAUAUAUAUAUAUAUAUAUAUAUAUAUAUAUAUAUAUAUAUAUGUAUAAGUUUAUGUAUAUAUAUAUAUGUAUAGUGUUGAGCACAAGGUAUAGAGCCGGUUACGAACCAA